AUGCCUGCGCCAGAAGAUGAAGCCGCCUCCUCCGAGCCUCUGGUCCGCCUCUCGCUGCCAUUAGAAUAUCAGCAGGAAAUCUUCCACUCUCUCCGAGCAGAAGAUGCGCUCGUCGUUCUUGCCCGUGGCCUGGGUCUUUUGCGCCUGGUCACAAACCUCCUCCACUCGUACGAUGCUGCUGGGAACAACCUGAUACUUCUCGUGGGUGCGGACGAGCGCGAGAAUGGGUGGAUUGGCGAGGCGCUGGCGGAACAGGCUGCCGUCAGUGGCUCACCGAAAUGUCGAGGUCUCAAGCUGGUGAACACAGACCUGAUGAGCGUGGGCACGCGAGAGAAGCUGUAUGCUGGCGGAGGUAUCUUCAGUAUCACAAGUCGGAUCUUGAUUGUGGACUUUUUGUCUGGGCUGCUCGACGCUGCGACCGUCACUGGGAUGCUGGUCCUGCAUGCCGAGCGCAUUGGUGCAACGUCACAGGAGGCCUUCAUUGUGCGUAUGUUCCGGCAGAAGAACAAGAAUGGCUUCCUCAAAGCUUUCUCCGACCAGCCUGAGCCAUUCACAAUGGGCUACCAACCACUGACAAGUAUCUUGCGCAAUCUGUUCCUGCGCAAGCCUAUACUGUAUCCACGCUUCCACGUAAGUGUAGCACAAUCACUGGAAGGCAAACGAAAAGCUGAAGUCAUCGAGCUCGAGGUACCAAUGACGAAUGCCAUGCGUGCCAUCCAGAAUGCCAUCCUGGAGUGCGUCGAAGUCUCGAUAUCUGAGCUGAAGAAAGGCAAUCUUGGGUUGGAGAUGGAAGACUGGACUUUGGAUAGUGCUCUACAUCGAUCCUUUGACACCAUAGUACGGCGUCAACUUGAUCCGGUGUGGCACCGGACAUCCUUCCGUACGAAGCAGAUUGUCCGAGAUCUAAGUCUACUGCGAACCAUUUUACACUCUCUCUUGACUUUCGAUGCUGUAAGCUUCAACAAGUAUUUGGACACGGUGCUAGCUGCUUCCAGUCCUCCACCAGGCUCUACAAGACAGUCGCAAUCGCCAUGGCUAUUCCUGGAUGCAGCACAUACACUUUUCGAUUCUGCCAAGCGACGAGUCUAUACAGGGAAGAUCACAGAAGGCGCCGAUAGCAGUGACGGCCUACACCCAGUGCUCGAAGAGAUGCCGAAGUGGAGUCUGCUAGCUGAGAUUCUGGAAGAGAUCGAGCAAGAUAUGUACUUCAACCCGACGGCGCAAGACGAGAGUAACGGCAGUAUCUUGAUCAUGUGCGGAGACCAAGGUACCUGUCGGCAGCUGAGGGAAGUACUGCAGACUAUGCAUAUCGGCCGUGAAGGCGACUCGACCGAAAUGAAUGGCGAUGAUGCUGCAGCCGAAGCGGAGGACGAUAAUCCGAUCGAGGCUAGGAAAGCCGGCAAUGCCAGUUUCAUGAUGAAGCGCAAGUUGCGGGACUAUCUGCAGUGGAAGCGUGACUUUGCGCGAGUAAGCAGUAAUCUAUUCGCAGAGAACCAGAAGGCUAUUAGUGGCACGAGCUCUCAUGGCUCGAAUCAAUCCAGCCGUGGCCGUGCACCACCAAACAAGCGAAGACGAAUGCGAGGCGGUGGCAACCUGUCCUCUGUUCAACGUACAGCGAGAGGCAGUAUCCAUGUCGCAGGCGACAAGGAUGCACAUGUGCAGGCUCUGAUGCACGAAUUAGCACCAGAUGAGACUUCGGACAUCACCGCCGCGGCGAGCAAGCUUGAUCUUGGUGCCGAUCCCUUGGACAACAUGGAGGACUACUAUGAGCUCUAUCCGAUGCAGGAUGUUGUCCUUGUACAUCCGUAUGAUGGGGACACGGAUGAUCACCUUCUAGACGAGAUCAAGCCACGAUAUGUCAUCAUGUAUGAACCUGAUGCAGCCUUCAUACGACGCGUGGAGACGUACCGUAGCAGUCAUCGGAAUCGGCAAGUACGGGUGUACUUCAUGUACUAUGGUGGCAGUGUCGAAGAGCAGCGCUAUCUGUCCUCCGUGCGGCGAGAAAAGGAUGCCUUCACGAAACUCAUUCGAGAACGCGGCAACAUGGCUCUCACCUUUGGCCAGGAAGCUGCGAACCUCGACCCGCAGGAGUCCUUCCUCCGCACGGUCAAUACCCGUAUAGCUGGGGGUGGUCGCCUCGCCGCCACAGCAGAACCACCACGAGUCGUGGUAGACGUCCGAGAAUUCCGCUCAUCCCUACCAUCUCUUCUGCACGGGCGAAACAUGGUAGUAGUCCCUUGUCAACUGACAGUGGGCGAUUACAUCCUCACCCCACAGAUCUGCAUCGAACGUAAAAGCAUAAAAGAUCUCAUCUCCUCCUUCAACGAUGGCCGUCUGUAUAAUCAAGCAGAAAGCAUGUUCCAGCACUAUGCCAGCCCAAUGCUGCUGAUCGAGUUCGAUGCUCAGAAAGCGUUCACACUGGAGCCUUUCGCGGACUUGAGCAGUACACUCGGCACUUCAUCUUUCGUGGGCUCAGAUCUACAAUCGAAACUCGUGAUCCUGUGUCUAGCUUUCCCAAAACUCCGCAUCAUCUGGUCCUCGUCCCCAUACCAAACAGCUGAGAUUUUCGAGGAGCUGAAAAAGACCCAGGAAGAACCCGAUCCUAUCAAAGCCGUCUCUAUCGGCCUAGUAGCAGGCGAAGACACCGAAGGUCGGACGUUCAGUCAGACGCCGCAGGAGAUGUUGAGGGCAGUGCCGGGGGUUACGGGGAAGGCGUUGCAGAGGCUGACGUUGGAGUAUGAGAACGUGAUGGCUGUGGCGAAUGCUGAGGGAGAUGAGUUGGCGGGUUUUGUCGGUGGGGAGAAGAGUCGGAUGAUUAGAGGGUUCUUUGAUAGGAGUGUUUGGGAUGAUGGAGAUGUUGGGGGAUGA